CAUUGUCGGUUCUCGAGAGUAAAACAAACGAUUUCCCAUAAAAUGAACUCGUUGGAAAAAAUGAAGGACGAAUGUUAUCGAACAGUCUUAAUACGCAACAAGUUGCACCAAACUUUGAUAUGUACUUCUGCCCGUCAUCUGCGAUGUACGAAAUACGCGAUCAUCGUCUGACAAUUACCUCGCAGCGGCGAACAGCGACGAUUAAUAUUACUCUCGAUGUAUGGACGAAUCCAAGAUUUUCUUUUCUACGUCAUCGAACGUAGCGACGCGGAAAGAAAGCGUCUUUCUCAUCGCUCGACAUUUUAAUAACGGGACAAAAUGUAUCGUUACUGAGCCCUAUGUAUAUCGAACAUCGAUGUAGACAUAUCGCCAUGUCUGAUAAACUGCGUUUGCGCUUCCUAAAAGGCAAGUCCUUAUUUUUGGCGAUUGGCAAUUGCGAAAUUAAACCGGAUCCGUGCAAUUCGACUUUCAUCUGUGUCCUUGACGCGCCUCCGCUCGCGGUUUCGUCCUUAUUCUCUCUGAAAAUUCGCUCUACCUCCAGACACGCUAUCGAAAUGUCAAUGUAAAAAAGAAAAUACACGCUGCAGCAGAUUCCGUGGAAAAUUAUCAAAGAUAUGUCUCGAUAUUCGUCGAAGAUUUCCUCAGCGAGCGAUAUCGUUUCCUCGUUUUCUUCUCUUUUUCGUAUCAGCUCAGGAAGAGAGGAAGAUCUGGAUCUGUUACGAGUAACGGGUACUGGUCGACCGUAUUUAAGCGAUCCUCCCGUAAGCAAGCAGAGCUGCGUGUGUGUCAAUAAACGUUGCGUGGGUUUUGAAAAGAAAUCAAAGUAGGAUCCACGCUUAUUUCUUCGGCUCAGUCUGUCCGUGUUCGAAAGCGUUAGACGAAUGUGUGACAAGACGAUUUCAAUUGAAAAAAUGCAUAUCCUAACUGUGAUAUUCGCCGGCAUUGUGACGCUAUUAUCGCACGUUGCUACCGCAUCGAGCGAGCAAAGCGCCAUGGCGGAUAGCCAACCGAAAGGGGCAAAAUUGGCAUUAUCGCCCACUUCGUCGUUACAAACGGAAACGUAUCAAGACAGCAUCGAUUAUUACAAUUUCCCAAUCGACGAUACGUACAGACCGCUUCAGAACAAAAAAUGUCCACUAUGCGACAGCUCGGUCUAUCCCUAUUGCGGAGAAAAAUUGUUGCACGACGCGUGUUGUUGCACCAAUCCCUAUACUCACGACUUACCCUAUCAGUGUAAAUUAGCAGAUUGCCGAUUUUUGCAUGCAAACAGUUGCAGGGAACAUCGAUUAAUCGCAACCUGUUGCUGCAGCGAUGAUUAUCGGUUUUUAUUGAAAAGUUUCCCGAACGCUUAACAAGCGUUAACUGCCAGGCGAAUUUUCCGAAAUCUGCCUAUUUAUUUUCAUCAUUUUAUAUCAUAACAUGAUACAAUAAAAAAGAAAAAUAUCGUUAACGAGCGAAAAUGAGCGAAAUCGUCAUAAUACCUAAAAGAAAUUAAUUCAUCUUAAUUAAUUUUUACUUUCCUAUGCAAAAAAGAACGCGAAAUCUGUUGACCCUUUGAUAUCACUGGGCCACGUGACACAGUCACCCGUUUUUUCGUUGCAAAAUCUUUCGCGCGUUACCGUUCCCAUUUUGUUAUCAAUUCGUAAAGUUACCACUGUAUCGUAUCAGUAUGUUUCCCAGCAUUUGAGAUUUGUAACAACUGUAUCACUCGUACAUACAUUGUUAUCGAAUACAAGCUUUUGAAUACAAAUUCUUAUUAAUACCUAAAUUUCUUUUUUUCAUUAAGCAAGUAGAGACAAUACAAAAUUAUAGAUUCAGUGCUCGCAAAUUUACGUUACAUAGAGGAUUAUUACCACCCGGCAGCUUUUGGACGAUGCAGCAGUGAGGGUAACCGCACGAUGUCGAAAGGAUUCGUUCGCCACAAAUUUGAGCUCGGAGGAUCGUUGCAUGGAAGAUCCAGCAGAUGAUGUAAAUCUUAAGCGACGCAAAGUCACGCUACAUAUCUGCUACUAGGCAACCCACCACCUAACCAUCGUUUUUCUCCAGCCACGCCCAUGCAAAUAAUUAUACACAUAUAUAUACACAUAUAUCUUAUGUAUAUAUACAUAUAUAGUUUUAAGAGGGAUUGUAAACGGAUUUAUAAACGUAAUUUAUAAGAAUUUUAUUAUACGUAAUUUAGUAAUUAAGUAUAUAACUUGGAAAUUAUUCUAUUUGUCCGUAGCGAAGAAUUCAGGUUGGUGCGACAAAACGUGUGCUGACAUCUAUCAAAAGAGGCAGGAACAGCGACUUGGAGAAUGUUUGGACAGAUGGCACUAUAUGGUUUGUCCGUAGAGAGGAUCGCAGGAUGGUGCGACAAACCGUGUGCUGACAUCUAUCAAAAGAGGCAGGAACAGCGACUUGGAGAAUGUUUGGACAGAUUGCGCCACAUGAUUUGUCCGGAGGUAGAAUCGCUGGGUGGUGCGACAAACCGUGUGCUGACAUCUAUCAAAAGAGGCAGGAACAGCGACUUGGAGAAUGUUUGGACAGAUGGCGCCACAUGAUUUGUCCGGAGGUAGAAUCGCUGGGUGGUGCGACAAAACUUGUGCUGACAUCUAUCAAAUGAGGCAGGAACAGUGACUUGGAGAAUGUUUGGACAGAUGGCACUAUAUGGUUUGUCCGUAGACAGAGAAAGCAGUUACGUUUAAAAAGGACGCGUAAUUUCGCGAUAAGAGUAAGCAGUAGUGUGCAACAUGUGUAAGUAUAUAAAUCAAUUGCAUCUUUGAAAUGCAUCGAUCGCGAUCCUAUCAUAUACAAAAUCAUUACCAUGUCAACAAAACAAUCACCACGUCAACAAAAUCUUCAUCGCAUCAACAAAAUCAUCACCACGUGAAAAAAGAAUCACAACGUUAACAAAAUCGAUUAUAGUUAACGCUAAAUAAUUCUAAUUACUUAUAAUUCAUUAUAUUCCGACUUUUAUAAUUAUGUUCAAGAAUUAACUACUUAUCGAUUGAAUUUCAGCAGUUACACGUUGAUCUUUACGCCUGUACUUCAUUUUUUAAUCAUUCUCGUAUUUGAGCAUUCGCAACGUUGUUCAUCCUGUCGUAAUACGUAUCGAGAAUAUGUGCCUUGCAAAUACAAAGUUAAACGAGUUUAAAGAAAUAGGAUGAACAGAAAAUUUGCGUGCGUUAACGAGCGACGCAAAUAUGGAACGUAAAUAACGAUAAACGCAUAAUGAAUCAGUGGCGAUAUUUAAUCAUGCCACUUUGUGCAGUUGGAAAAUGGGUCAGUGAGUCUGUAACAGAUACACCGUUUAAUUAUGUAUGGCAAUUAGUCUUAACGCACGCCCGAUAAAACGCCACCGAAAUUAAACUCGUUAAUGAGACGUGCUUUUCUCUCCAGAAAAAAAUAUCGUUACGGAAUUACGCGCGUCCCAAGUAAAUAAAUACAAGUAAAUCCUUCGUCGCAAGAAGUACGAAACACUUCGGUUUAAUAAGUUUAUCGCGCAACCGAAAUUAAAUCGGACAAGCAGAAGAAAAGAGAAAACUGUUUAAACGGUAUCCGUGAUUAGCGAUAAUAUUGAACGAGGUUCGAGGUCAUUCGUGUAUUCUUUUUCCCGUCAAUAAUAAGCGUAAUUAUAUUUAUUACUGAUUUUCCCUUGAAGUUUGCACGCUCCCAUUAAAUGGCGAUUUAUCGUCCGUUUCGAAACUGCAAGACUUAAAUAACAGUUCUCAUCAUUUACGCUUGAAAAAAGAAAAUAUCGAGCAACCUCGAUCGCAACUUCAUAACGUCGAUCAUUGAUUACGAAAUCAAUCGUAAUUGGAGAAAUGACCGAUCCAACGGCCUCCUUCUUUCUUUUCGUUCUUUAUUUUAAUAUCGUCCUGGUGAAAACAAUAUCAAUCUCAAUGAAUAAUAACGUUACAGGACGAUAAGACAGCACGUUUAACAGAGAAUAUCGAAUCGACUCCGUAUUAUUAAAGAGGAAAAAGUACCGACAAGCACGCCGAUGAUAAAUAUUUUCUACCAUACCAUACGUCAAUAAUUACAUAAACAAAUUAUCACCUGCUACUCGGUUACUUCGUAAUCGUCUUUCCAAUAAGCGAAAUAUCGCAUCUAUCGGCUGACGAAUCCCAGCCUCGCGGUGGUAGCUGCGAUCUUUUCGAAUUAUGCUAGGCUGCGUCUAACGGUAACGAUACGUACGCCCCGCGCUCCUCUUUAACCGUGGAAUCCUCGCGAGGGGAACGAUCCCUCUUCUUUAAAAAAGAAAAAAAAAAAAGGAAAAAAAAAGAAUACUAGGAAAAGGAAGGCGACGUUUUUCGAAGUAGAUGCAUCGACCCUCGGUCUCGGGGGUAAAUGUUUGCCAAGAGCCGAGGUCAGAGUCAAGGUCGUACACGUGUCGAGGGGACCGAAUCGGUGGCCCAGCGGAACACACGUGCACCCCCACUUCCUUGCAGGCAGACAGUGGGACUGCAGGUAGAUCGGGAAAACGCUUUUGAACAGUCGAUUGCUCGAUUCCAGACGGACGUGCGUCCGUAAAUCGAUCGAUUGGUCUGUCGCGCUCAAAGUCAAGGACUACGGCCGUCGUCGACUAAUGGAAAUGCGUUUCAUUCGUAAUGUUUCCUAUUGCGUACGUAUAGUUUUGUUGGUGUAACGUUGAAACGAGUUACGCUUCCAGAAUGGACACCGUAAUCUUCCUCAGAUUUCGACAAAUUUCAUUCGAAACGAAGUUCAAAGAUAACGGCUUGAAAAUACCCGGUCAUUUCGAUUACUUUAUUGCCUUUACAUCGGCAACGAUAUAGCAGAGUAAUUCUACCGAAUAUAGAGCAGCGAAUAAUUCGGAUCUUAAUGUCGUUCCUUUGAAUUUCGACCAGCGUAUGUUCUAUAGGUAAGUUUAAGUCGCGAACAACGUAGAAUCAUCGCGUAACGCGACAGAAUUCCACCGAAUUACUUCGAUUUCGGUUACCUUUGGACGACGCGCGCCUCAAUUUACGCGCCAAAGAUCCCCGAGGAGGCGUGCGUUUCUAACGUAGGUAGUCAACGAUCGACCCGACAGAAUCGGUUCGUUCGAAUGCAAAUCAUCGAUACGCGGUGCGUUAAUUAUCUCGAAAUUACAUUUAGCCAUUAUUUAAAUCACGUUUUUACCAACACCUAUUUGUUUAAAUAAUGCUCAGAUCGAAACGAUUAUACGAUAUAUGUAUGUACCGAACGUUAUACAUUUAACGUAAAAACGAUGCUUUCGAUUAAUUAUCGCAGCUUCGAUAACUAUCGUUAUAAUUAUGAUAUAUAGUUUACCACGUACACGUAAGUACGCGAGAAGAAAAACUGCAAUCCUUUCUGGUACACCAUGAUACGCAAAGUACUUCUUUUUAACGUUUCGAAAUGUAUCUCUAUCGCUGUAACCUUUGAUUGAAAAAAAAAAAAAAAAAAAGUUAAGAAUAAA